AUGAUACUACACCCACGUUUUAUCAAUGAAGUCAAGAACCACCCGGCCCUCAACUUUGAGGAAGCAAGCAAAAAGGCUUUCUUUGGCAGAAAAUACUCCGGAUUCCAGAUUUUGGAAGCGACAAAGAUUGCAUUAUCCCGGCCAGGAAUGGACUCCUCAUAUCUUCGCAAGGGAAGUCCCACACAUUGUCGCUUGGGGUUCGUCGUUGUGCUUUUGGGCGAGGAAGUCUGCCGUAACAAAAAGUGGCUAAAUGUGUCGGUCAACUACGCCAUUGAUACAUUCAUGGCUAUUCGUGAGCUCAGGAUGUGGCCGUCGGUGCUCCGUCCGUUGGCCACUGGGCUCUUCCCAGGGCACAAAGUGUCCGAAUCCACACUGUAG